AGCAGCCGUUCCCCCUUGCUGCCCAGGUCGGGGGCUGAGGUCCCAGAGCCCCCCUUUCCCCACCAGGAGCGCGUUUGACAGACAGACCUCUCUCCUCCCUCCCUGCUCCGCACGCAGCCAUCCUCCACCCGAGGCAAACCUUUCCUCCAGCCUCGCUCCUGCCGUUCCCCAGCUCCCCCCGGUAGCAGAGGGACACCCUCCGUGCCGACCGUCGCUUCCCCUCUCCCUCUCGGCCCUCCCCGGCGCCGGAGAGAGCCAGACGAAAAGUGUCGGAGCGGGGAGCGCAUAGCAACAGGGUCUGGCAUGAAGAAGGUUCGGCAGCAGCAUCUCCGGAAGCCCGUGACACCAGACCUCCUGGUAAGCCCCAGCAGCCAGGAUGGGGACCUGGGCUCCGAGUGCCCAGAAGACAGAGGGAACUGGACGGGGCGGCUGGAUUUCCUCCUCUCCUGCAUCGGAUACUGCGUUGGCCUUGGAAACGUCUGGAGGUUCCCUUACAGGGCUUAUACCAACGGAGGAGGAGCUUUCUUGGUUCCUUACUUCAUCAUGCUGGCCAUCUGUGGGAUCCCCAUCUUCUUCAUGGAACUGUCACUUGGCCAGUUCUCCAGCCUGGGGCCACUUGCAGUCUGGAAGAUAAGCCCUCUCUUUAAAGGCAUUGGCAUGGGCACGAUCCUCAUCGUCUCCUUGGUGGCCAUUUACUACAAUAUGAUCAUUGCUUAUGUUCUCUUCUACCUCUUUGCAUCCCUCACAAGCGACUUGCCCUGGCAGCACUGCGGCAACUGGUGGAACACUGACCUGUGCCUGGACCACCACAUCAUCAAGGGGGGGAACACCACCUUCCCUGUCAACAUCACCAACACUGUCAGCCCCAGCGAGGAGUACUGGAGUCGGUAUGUCCUGCACAUCCAAGGGAGCUCAGGGAUCGGGGAUCCCGGGAGGAUCCGCUGGAACUUGUGUCUGUGCCUGCUCCUUUCUUGGACUAUCGUCUAUCUGUGCAUCCUUAAGGGAGUCAAAUCCUCUGGCAAGGUCGUGUACUUUACUGCCACCUUCCCGUACCUCAUCCUGGUGAUGCUGCUCAUUCGUGGUGUGACCCUGGAGGGGGCCUGGAAGGGGAUACGGUUUUACCUCACGCCCCAGUUUGAUCAUUUGCUGUCUUCCAAGGUGUGGAUCGAGGCAGCCCUGCAGAUUUUCUACUCCCUUGGGGUGGGCUUUGGGGGCCUCCUCACCUUCGCCUCGUACAACACCUUCCAUCAGAAUAUCUACAGGGACACCUUCAUAGUGACCCUGGGUAAUGCCAUCACCAGCAUCCUGGCAGGGUUUGCCAUCUUCUCUGUUUUGGGAUACAUGUCCCAGGAGCUUGGGGUCCCUGUUAACCAGGUGGCAAAAGCAGGUCCUGGUCUGGCUUUUGUGGUGUACCCACAGGCCAUGACAAUGCUCCCCCUUUCUCCAUUCUGGUCAUUCCUGUUCUUCUUCAUGCUGUUAACCUUGGGCCUGGACAGCCAGUUUGCAUUCAUGGAGACCAUCGUUACGGCAGUGACAGAUGAAUUUCCCUACUACCUGCGGCCAAAGAAAGCCUCGUUCUCGGCUGUCAUCUGCAUUGCUCUCUUCCUGAUGGGACUCAUCCUCACAACAGAGGGUGGGAUGUACUGGCUGGUCCUACUGGAUGAUUACAGCGCUGGCUUUGGCCUCAUGGUGGUGGUGAUCACUACCUGCCUCGUGGUGACACGUGUCUAUGGCAUAAAGAGGUUCUGCCGAGACAUCCACAUGAUGCUGGGCUUCAAACCAGGGCCCUACUUCAGAACCUGCUGGAUGAUCCUAUCCCCAGCAACAAUGAUGGCUCUGCUGGUAUAUAACAUUGUCAAGUACCAGCCCUCCGAAUACGGCAGCUACCGCUUCCCCGCCUGGGCCGAGGUCUUGGGCAUCCUCAUGGGAGUCCUCUCCUUCCUGAUGAUUCCCUUGGGCAUGGUGGUGGCUGUGCUCCGAGAAGAAGGAACCCUGUGGGAGCGAGUCCAGCAGGCCAGCCGGCCCACCAUGGACUGGGGCCCAUCACUGGAGGAGAACCGGACAGGCAUGUACGUGGCCAGCCUGGCGGGCAGCCAGUCCCCCAAACCGCUGAUGGUCCACAUGAGGAAAUACGGGGGCAUCACCAGCUACGAGAACACGGCCAUCGAAGUGGACCGGGAGAUGGAGGAGGAGGAUGAGGAGGAGUCCAUGAUGUAAGGGCCCCCCCUACCCCCAAUUUGCACGGGUUGCACUGCAGCACUUCAGGACGGCUUGGGGGGUCUUUCGGGCAGCAGUCAGGAGCUGUCGACCCUGCCAGGUUCCUCACCACCACCAUGGCCCUGCCACGAUAGAGCUGCUGCCCAUCCUGGUGCCCCUGAUGUGUUUCUGUUCAGUGUGACAAACUGUGUGAUGAGUCCAUCCGUUCAUGUGACAGUGUCUGGUUGAAGUGUCUGGGCUUCAGAGCUGCCCCACUCCCACCCUCAGCCCCAGCCCUGCCCUCCCUGUAUAGGGGUGUCCAGGGUGCAGGAAUGUCCAGGCUGCAGCAGGUGGGGAGGUGGAAGAGGUUGAGGAGGUCCUCUGCAUUGGUCUGUUCUCUGUUUGUGUGUAUUUGACUCCAGUAACCCAUAAACACCUGUGAGAGAGGCUGUAACAUCCUCCAUGCCCUGAGGACAAUGUGCACCGGUGUGCUCUGAUCACACAGAGGUAUUCCAGCAAAUAACCAGCACUAAUCAGUGUCCUCUCAAAGAAAUUUGACCUAAUAAAUGAGCAGUUAAAAGCAAUUAAAAAAAAAAAAAAAGCUUUAUAAACAAACCAACUCGGGCCUUUCCAGGCUUGGAGAUCCCCAAGGACCUUGGUGGGUCAGGGCAGCUCUUCCCUGUGGUGCCUGGCGAGGCUUGGGUGACUUUAAAGAAGGGAAGAGGCUGGGUGACCUGUUCCCCAUGUGUACAGGAGGUCAGGGACAGGUCUCAGCUGGACCCAGUGCCAAAGGAGGAGCCAUGUCCACUGCCAAGGGACAGAUCCAAUGUAUGGCCCUAGCCCUGGGUGCUGCUUUUCCCAGGGAAAGGAGAAGGGCUGGGUUUCAGUUCCUGCACAUGAUUUUGGGGUAGAUCAGCCCAGGGCUCAUGACACAGGGACCCCAUCUCCUGCUGACGCUGUUGACCUGAAGGUGCCAGUGAGCUCCUGGGUGGGGUUGUUUGGACCUGAUGCUGCCAGUGUCCAUCAUCCCAGGGUCAUGUGUGCCUUCCACGUGCCAUCAGCUCGCCAGUAAAACCGGUGUGUGAGACGCAGCCCUUGUGUGGAUUAUCUGGAGGGUCCCCAGCAUGGAAGAAGGGCACAUCUAGAGGGGCUUACAGGGAUGGCAGGUACAGCUGCCCUGGGCUUUGUCCUGCAAAUCUUCAUCCUGGUAAAAGACCAAACCUUAGGAUAAACACACAAAUUGGGGUUUUAUGUCUGGAUUAUGCAUGUGGUUCGGGUGCACUGGAUCAAGCACUGUUGCCUGAGCCUUCAGAGUGAAUUCUGGCAUAAGGCUGCAGUUUUUCUCCUUCCCUACAGUGGGGGAGAAUUAAUUAUUGCCUUUUCACCUCUGAGAGCAGAGGGCCAGCUCCUACACCUGCUCCAUCUGCCUGCUCACCUCCUCUUGCCCAGGGAUGCUGAGCUCAUUCCUGGAUGGGUCUGCCCUUCCUUUCCUCUGCAGGACCACCAAUGGCUUUCCCCAUCCUGCUCCCCAGACCCCACCAUGGCUGCAGCUUCCCUGGGCGUGUGGGGCUCCUGCAGCACAACUGUGCGCGAAGCACCUUCGGCCGCUGGCCCCUGGGUUAAUCAUUAGAGUCCGGCCAUAAAAGUGUGGCUGAUGGAAAGUUCAGGCCGUGGCGGCUGGGGAGUGGGGAGGGCCUGCCAUAAACAUUUAUGGCCCCAAUGAAUCCCUCGCUCUAACCUUGACACUAUUUGCUGAGCAGGAGGCCUCAGGAGGUCACGGUGUUGCCCAGCCAUCGCUGUGGGUGCUGGCUGAGGAGCCCGGGCUGGGCUGGCCCCUGGAGGGGCACACACGGGGGUCUCCAGGGGUGAUGGAGCAGGUGAUGGACCCAGGUGUUCCAUGAUGUCACUGCCAGCCACAAUGUACCAGAGGAAUCAGGAGUGCUUCACACCUUUCCAUGGCAUGGAGUUGAACUGCUCUGGGAUGACCAAGUUGGUCCAGUCUCUGCAUGUCUCCCAGCUUUCCCCACUCGCAUGAUGUCCUGCCACAUUCCCCAAACCCCCACCGUGAUCCUGGGAUCCUUGGGGCUCUCCCUUGGCAGCUGCCAUCAACCAGAACUGCGCUGCAGAGUGAUGGGGAGGAAGGAGCCGAGGCUGUGCCAGGGAAUGUGGCUGGGGAGCAAAGCUGGCAGUGUGGGAGGACACCAGGGGCAAAAGGCAUGGGGGCAGUGACACAGCUAGAGGACACGUGCCCUGGGCCAUGCAUGGCUGCCCAGGGCUGGGGGGGACGUGGCAGCAGGAUCAUUCCAGUGCUGACACCUGCUGGGGCCAGGGCAGAUGGCAGGGAGAGGGGGAACAACGGGGGCACCUCAGGACUGGGGGUGCAGGACAGGGGCUGUGACAGCCCGACCCCAGUCCCCCUGAGGUACCAGCCCACCUGCAUGGGCAAAGCCCAGCAAUUGCCCCUGGGAGCCCCCCAAACCCACCCUGGACUCACCUGGAUGUUCUGUGCCCCUCACCCUGCAGCACCAGUUCCCCCAAAGCUCCCUCAAACUGCCCAGUGGGCAACUCCAUCCCCCCAUCCAGCUCGAGCAGCUCCUGGGGGCUCCCAUACACCUGCAGCCUCCAGAGCCCCGUCCCUGGGAAAGGGGAUGAUUGCAGUGAGCUGGGUCUAGGGGGGUGACAUUGGGCUCCCCAAAGCCUCAGGAAGGCUAAACACCCAGGGCAGCCAGUGCCCAGGGUACCAGCAUCCUGGAGGCAGCAGGAUACCUGCAACCCCUGCCCAAGGGUUGGUCUCAGCCUUGAUGCUUUCGAGGACA